GGCGGCUUCGAUCCACUGCCAGGCCUUCUGGACCGCAGGACACCCUGCGCAGCUGCACCGGCCACAGGUUUUGGAACAUGCAUCCUUCUCUCUUCCUGGCUGCCCUUUGCUUGGGAAUAACCACAGCUGCUCCACAACCCGACCAGAGCUUAGAUGCGCACUGGUCCCGGUGGAAGGCGGCGCACGGGAAGCUAUAUGACGAGAAUGAAGAAGGAUGGAGGAGAGCAGUGUGGGCGAAGAAUAUGAAAAUGAUUGAACGGCACAAUCAGGAAUACAGUCAAGGGAAACACAGCUUCACGAUGGCGAUGAACGCCUUUGGUGACCUGACCAGUGAAGAAUUCAGGCAGGUGAUGAAUGGCCUUAAAAUCCAGACGCGCAAGGAGGGGAAUGUGUUCCAAGCACCUCCCUUUGCUGAGACCCCCUCCUCUGUGGACUGGAGAGAGAAAGGCUACGUAACCCCUGUGAAGGAUCAGGGUCUGUGUGGUUCUUGUUGGGCCUUUAGUGCAGCGGGUGCCCUCGAAGGACAGAUGUUCCGGAAAACUAGCAAACUUGUGUCACUGAGUGAGCAGAACCUGGUGGACUGCUCCUGGUCUCAAGGCAACGAGGGCUGCCGUGGUGGCCUGAUGGAUUAUGCCUUCCAGUAUGUGAAGGACAACGGAGGCCUGGACUCGGAGGAAUCCUAUCCAUACUGUGCACAGGACGGAUCCUGCAAAUACAAGCCUGAACAAUCUGUCGCCAAUGACACUGGCUUCACGGACAUCCAUCAGGAUGAGGAGUCCCUUAUGGUGGCGGUGGCAACUGUGGGGCCCAUCUCUGCUGCGAUCGAUGCAAGCCUGGAUUCCUUCCAGUUCUAUCAUAAGGGCAUUUAUUAUGAUCCAAACUGCAGCAGUGAAGACCUGGAUCACGGUAUUCUGGUGGUUGGCUAUGACUCUCAAGGAGAAGAACCCGAGAACCAAAAAUACUGGAUUGUCAAGAACAGCUGGGGCACGGACUGGGGCAUGCAGGGCUACAUACUGAUGGCCAAAGACCGGGACAACCACUGUGGAAUCGCCACCUCAGCCAGUUUUCCCACUGUGUGA